AUGGCGGCGGCAGCGGCAUCAGCAGAUGACCCAAAACACCUGAGUGAGAUGGAAGAAACAGAAGGCCUCGGCAGUGAGGAUCCAGAAUUCCAAGUGCCCCCGGAUGUGGUACAUCAGAAGGCCCAUAGGAAAAAGGGAGAUCACUGGCGAGGAAGUGAUGAAGUGGAGUGCUCAGUGCAGCACAAGAGGAUCGUCUUUGUCGGGAUCGAGAUGAGGGAUGUGACACCCAGAGGAUGGAUGGUCCCUGAAGAGUCUGUGGUGGAAAUGGUGCAGGCCGUACAUGAAGCGCUGGGCCAUGCAGGCACCAUGCCCACAUGGAAGGAGUUGGAGAAGCAACAAGUUUGGGAUCCUGGAGGCCAGGUUCAUCGUGUCCCUGGGGAGUGUGAAGCUCCCUGUGUCAGGUCCCUGACCGCUUCAAGGACGCCCACUGCAGCAUCAGAAGUCUUUGCUUCAGAAAAUCAGCCGACUAAAGCUGACAUGGAAUUGGUUGACAAAAUGAAUUCAGGCUACAGCAGCCUGAGCACCACACUGUCCAUAAAGAAUCCAUCUCCCCCUAAAGAAGAUGAAUACAAAAAUCGUUUCCGUAAAGUAUCUCUGGUCAGAGACGCUGAUACCACUGAGGUCAGCCAGGAUACAGUGGACUUUGGCAGAACAAGCACAGAGGCUACAGCAUACAAACAACUUGGCAACACCUUUUCCUCCUCGUCCCCCCCACCUCCAGAGCAACACAUUGCCCUUGGCAAGAGGCUGAAUGACAGGGCCGAAGUUUAUCUGAGCCGUGAGAGCGAGCCAGCGGGAGAGUUGAAAGAUGAGUGGAGGAGAGGCAUAGAUGAGCAGGAGGAGCCUGCUGCACCUGCACCUGCAGGUGAAAGAGAGGGACAGAGAGCGGGAGGGGCAGAGUUUGGUAGAAUAAAGUCACGCUGGAACUCAGAACAGCUCCUUGUGUCUGGCUCCUCCUCGCCACAAGAAACCGGCUACAGCAACAUUGACAGUUUCAAAGAGGACGACUCAUCCCAAUUUACUGGAGUGUUUCAGGCCACACUUGUGGAGCUGGUCUCUGACCCCACAGCCCCCCGCUCCACUCCCCCUGACUCCCCCGACGCAGACUCGCUCAACCAGUUUGACAUGGAUAACCUGGUGGAUACCCUGAAGAGCAUGGGACCUUCGUUGAGGCAGAGGAACAUGAGCUUACGCGGGCCUCCUCCAGUUCUGGUUUCCUCCCUGCCACCAAUUGUCGAGGAUGCUCCCGGCCCUGUCACCUCAGACAUCCCUGCCUCCCUUACCAGUCCCACAAAAACGAUGGAAGCAACAGGCAACCCUGCUGAGUCUCUCAAUGGAAUUUUCACUCUGCCCGCUGACUUGGGACUGAAGAGGAACUCCACCAGAGACACUCGUUCACCACUGGAACUGAUGAAGCAGAGCCAGCAGGACCAGCAGCAGCCUGGAACAAGAGGCCUGUACUUGCCCCUGAGAGCAUCUACUACCAACAGUAUAGUAAUGACAAAAUCCUCUGACUCUUCUUCUGAGGACUUACUGUCCCCAGUGCUUAAUGGAAACGGAGUACAUCCAUCUUCCAGCAUUGGCUCUCGCCUAGACAACAGUGUUAUCUUUGGAAGCUACAGAUCAGCAUCCAUAGAUCAGACGUUGGAAAAAAGAAACGCCCAUCGCCCACUCUUCACCACCUCACUACCUGAAACAGGUCCUUCAAACGAUCGAAUGAGUGUAGGACAGAAGGAGAAUAGUCAUUUGGGCACUGGAACAGACCCAGCGGCCCGUUUUGAUCGCUUCUCCUUCUUUUUGAACUCCUCAUCCUCCCUGUCAAGCUCCUUGACCGGGGCUGAAGACCCCAAAGCUCGAAUGAGUCAGCCUCCACUGCUGCCCAUCAGCUCGCCGACCUCCAGCAACAGCCCUACCCGCCUCCUCAGCCCCACCGGCUCCAUAGACCUCCACAGGCCGUUCACCACCACAGACUCCCCCAUUUCUACGUUUGGCCAGUCACAGGGGAUGGGGAUGGGUGUAGGUAAUGGGGUACUGGGCACACCCAUACUGCAGAGGAGCUUCAGUAGUGAAGGCACCAUGGGGGUCCAGCAGACUUCACUGUUCAGCAGUGUGCAUGGAGGGCCUCAGUUCCAGAGCCAUGAACUUGAGCGUGAGAGGAAUUUAGCGUCAAAAUAUAGAGCCUUCCCUGAUGCCUAUCUCACUAAAGAGAAGGAACAUGGGAAGCUGAAUCCUCGUCCUGGAAAGAUGUACAUCUUUGACCAGCCAGGGAUGUGCGGCCAGAGGAUCGAAGUAUGCAGUGAUGUCAUCGAUGCUACGUCCUGGGAGCUGCAGGAGACCAUCUCCAUCAGGGUCAUCAGAGGAGGAUGGGUGCUAUAUGAGAAGCCUAAUUUCAAAGGGGAGAAGAUCGCGCUAGAUGAGGGAGACAUAGAGCUCACCUACCCCUUUAACCCUCCAGAGGAGCAGCAGCAGAACGAAGAGAAGGAGGGUGAAGAGCAGAACGGAGAAGCAAGUGAUGUGCAGACAAAGACCAAGCAAGCCAGGAGGUUCAUCAUCGGAUCUGUUCGAAGAGCUGUCAGGGACUACAGUGUACCAGAAAUCAGUCUUUUCCCAGAAGAGAACGCCGAAGGGAAGAAGGUCAUAUUCCGAGAUACAUCUGAAGAUGCCAGGAUUUUUGGCUUCCCCGUCAAGGCUAACUCUGUCAUCAUUAACGCUGGGCUAUGGCUUGUGUACGCACAGCCCUUCUUCCAGGGUGUACCACGUGUCCUUGAGGUGGGGGGGUACCCCAACCCUGCAGCCUGGGGAGUGGAACAGCCCUACGUGGCGUCACUACAUCCACUUAAAGUAGGUGAACCAAGGGUGGAAAAUAUGAGUGAACCAAAGAUGGUGAUCUACGACAAGCCGUACUUCACUGGGAAAUCAAGGACCAUAACCACCAACAUGAAAGACUUCAUGACCAGAAAAGAAAGGCAGCAGACGGCCUUUAUGUAUAGUGUCGGCUCCCUUAAAGUACUGGGAGGAAUCUGGGUAGGCUACGAGAAGGAAGGCUUCCGAGGUCACCAGUACCUGCUGGAGGAGGGGGAAUACCAUGACUGGAGGGUGUGGGGAGGUCAUGAUUCUGAGCUGCGCUCCGUUAGGGUGAUAAAAGCACAACUCAUUUCCAACCCAAAGAUGGAAAUCCACCCUUCUGUCAAAAAAAAUACCGUGGCUUCGGACAUUUCUCAUCCCAAUCGCUUCACACUUGACCGGGGUGAUGAACCCAGCAGAACCACAUCAUCUGCCAACAGCAGGGAUCCAAUCCUGGGGUCGCAAAACAGGACUCCUGUCAACAGCUGUGCAGAUUGGAUCAAGAGCAGCCCUAUAUGA